AUGGUAAUUUCUUCAGAUCAAGAACAACUUUUAUCUUCAACAGAAGAUCAGCUAUUACAAUACCAACAACAACAUCAACAAUCACAAUUAUCAGAACAACCACAACAUAUAAUACCAAUUGGACCACCACAAAAUGUAUUACCGAUGGGAAAAUAUAAAAUUCCAGAAACUUUUUCAUGUAAUAUAUUUACAGGUUAUGAAAACCCAACAACUUGUCCAACUGAAAUAUCAAACUAUUUAUCAUUUGAUGAAUAUAAUUCAUUGGUUAUUUCAUUAAAUAAUAAAAUGGAUACCUUCCAUAGAAACUAUUGGAUCUCCUUUAUUAUUUAUAUUAUUGUUGUUUUAUUGUUUUACUGUUCAUUUUUUAUUAUAUAUUCAGAUAAAAUAUUUUUAAUACUUGGUUUAUUACUUACUGCUAUAAUAUCAAUAGCUUUCUUUUUAAAUUAUUUACAAAAAAGGAAUUUUGAAAAUAUUAAAAAGAUUUGUAAAGAAUAUACUGUUCAAUUUUCCAAUAGAAAUAUUAAAGUUGAAACUACUAAAAAACAAUUUAAGGUCAGUGUACAUAUCAAUUAUCCACAAAAUACUUUUGUUUUAUCACAACAAUAUCUCCAACCACAAUUUCAACAAUUUCAACCAAUUUAUCGCCAAAACAUUUGUCAACCACAACAACAACAGCAACAACAAUAA